UACACAUUAACAGGUUAAAAUAAGACCUAAAAAUAGACUAGUGAGUGGACAGUGUAUUCUAAAUCUUUAAAUAUUCGACCUCUACAUUCUAGAAGUUCAUACUAAAAUAAGACAUAAAAAUAGAUUAGUGAGUGAACAUUGUAGUAUAAAUGAUUAACGAUUCGACCACUUUAGACUACACAGACAUCUAGAUACAAAAUGGAGAAAAUAAUUGACCUCUUUGGUGAGAAAGUCGAAGGCAAGAAUGGUGAUGUUGCUAUAAAAGAUCUCUGUGGUGAAAAGAAACUUAUAGGUGUUUAUUUUUCUGCACAUUGGUGUCCACCUUGCCGUGCCUUUACACCACAUUUGGCCAAGAAAUAUGAGACAUGGAAGAAAGCUGGUCAUCCAUUUGAAGUCAUCUUUGUUAGUUCUGACAGGGACCAGUCUAAUUUUGACGAUUAUUAUAAAGAGAUGCCUUGGUUAACCAUUCCAUAUGACGACGAAGAACGAAGGAACAAGUUGUCAGAAACGUUUGAAGUGCAGGGUAUACCUACAUUAGCAAUUGUAUGUGGAAAAACUGGUACGGUCAUCAGCGAGGACGCUUCAGAAGAUGUAGGCGAAAGUGAUGAGUUUCCGAAAACGUGGAAUACAGAUCCGGUUAAUAUCAUAGAAUUGAUUGGAGAUAAAGUGAAAGGAAAAGAUGGGGCUGUAGAUACCAGUUCUUUUACCGGAGCAGAGAAGGUUGUCGGUUUGUACUUUUCCGCCCAUUGGUGUCCGCCAUGUCGAGGAUUCACACCAGUUCUUGCAAAGAAGUAUGAAGACUGGAAAAAAGCUGGAGCCAAAAACUUUGGGAUUGUGUUCAUAAGUUCUGAUCGUGAUGAAUCUAGUUUUAAUGAAUAUUAUAAAGAAAUGCCAUGGCUAGCAAUGGAUUUCGAAAAAAGAGAUUUGAAGGCUACUUGCAGUAGUAAGUUUGGAGUGAGUGGUAUUCCAACUUUGAUCAUUUUGAACGGUAACACAGGAGAAAUAAUAGAUAAAAAUGGUCGUGGUGCUGUUCAGUCAUCAGAAACAUUCCCAGCUGCAUGGAACAUAAAAUAAAGACAUUACAUAGAUAGUAAAUGAUACUUUUAAAUCUGCAAUCAUCUGCAAUAUUUAUUUAAAAACCACAUCUACAUGUUUUGAUAAUCUUUAUACAAUGUUAAUUAUGAUCUUUAAGUUGUGUGUUAUUGUAAAAACUUAUUUAUAAUUUGUUUAGGAUAUCAUUCAUUUAUCUUUUCUUUUAUUAUUAAAAAUUUCCUUUAAAAAACUCGAUUGUUUUUCAUCCAUCGGAAAUAAAGUUUGAACGCUU